AUGAUUGAUAACAUGGUAUCAACGACUGUGGAAAGAACACUGAGGAAGUCGAUAGACAAGUCAUCAGAUUACGAUUUGGCAGAAAAAAUGGAGGACAUGAAGAAGGUAAUAAUUGAGGAGGUACGGAGAAAUCUGGUGUACAGUAAACCGGUGGGACCCAUAAUGAGUUCGAAGGAUAUCCUAACCUUGAGUCAAGAACAGGAAAGUAAAUUUAAUGAAGAGGUUCAUGAGUUGGGAUUGCAUGUAAAUAGAAUCCACCACAAUUCAACUCCAGCUUUCCUCUACGAAAUGGCAUUGAAAUAUGAAUCCAAUUCGUUUAUAACAAGCACAGGAGCUCUGUGUUGCAUUUCUGGAGAAAAAACAGGGAGGUCUCCAUCUGACAAAAGAAUUGUGAAGGAAAGUACUUCGGAGGAUAACAUUUGGUGGGGAAAUGUAAACAUUCCAUUGAAGGAAAAAUCCUACGAAAUAAAUAAAGGGAGAGCGAUAGAUUACCUAAACUUACAGCCAAACUUAUAUGUAAUAGAUGCUUAUGCAGGCUGGGAUGAAAAAUGUAGAAUAAAAAUUAGAGUUAUCACCUCCAGAGCAUACCAUGCACUUUACAUGCUAAAUAUGCUUAUACCUCCAAAAAAUGUAGAAGAAAUACAGAAUUUUAUUCCAGAUUUUAUUAUAUACAAUGCUGGAGAUUUCCCUUCGAAUAGAUUAACUGACGGAAUGUCUAGCCAAACAUCUGUCAUCUUAAAUUUCGGUGCAAUGAAUAUGAUUAUAUUAGGAACACAAUAUGCUGGUGAAAUGAAAAAAGGUAUUCUAACCCUAUUUAUGUAUAAAAUGCCUUUGGAAGGGAAAUUACCUUUACACUCCUCAUGCAACAUUGGGAAGGAUAACGACGUUACUUUAUUCUUUGGGUUGUCAGGCACGGGAAAGACAACCCUAUCUGCAGAUGCCAAUAGAUAUCUCUUAGGAGAUGAUGAACAUGUAUGGACAGACGAUGGAAUAUUCAACAUAGAAGGUGGGUGUUAUGCAAAAUGUAAAGGACUUUCAAAGAAACAAGAACCCGAAAUAUAUAAAGCCAUCAAAUUUGGUGCUAUUCUAGAAAAUGUUGUUAUGGAUCCGGUAACAAGAGAAGUCGAUUAUAAUAAUUGUACAAUAACGGAAAAUACUCGAUGUGCUUAUCCACUUUCCUACAUUGAAAAUGCAAAGAUUCCAGCCUAUAUUAAUGCACAUCCUCAGAAUAUUAUUCUCCUCACUUGUGAUGCUUUUGGAGUUAUCCCUCCACUUUCCAAAUUGGAUGUAUACCAAAUGAUGUACCAUUUCGUUAGUGGAUAUACAAGCAAAAUGGCUGGUACAGAAAGCGAUGUUUUGAAACCAACCGCUACCUUCUCCUCAUGUUAUGCCGCCCCUUUCUUGGUACACCACCCCAUGGUUUACGCUAAAAUGUUAGCGGAGAAAUAUCAGAAACAUAAGGCUAAUGUCUGGCUCUUAAAUACUGGAUGGAUUUAUGGCUCUUACGGUUCCAAUAAUGGACAGCGCAUUCCCUUAAAGUACACGCGCAUGUUGGUAGACUACAUACACGAGAAUAAGCUUAAUGAUGUUGAGUAUAAGAAGACACCCAUUUUUAAUUUCAAUAUUCCUGUCCACGUGGAUGGCAUUCCACAGGAAGUUCUUGAUCCCCUCGUUGGAUGGAAGGAUAAGGAGGAUUACAUGAAAAACCUUAAGAACUUGGCUACGGAGUUUAUCAGCAAUUUUAAGUUAUUCACAGACAAGGCGGGCCCGGACAUCCUUUCCGGAGGACCAACUCUCUAG